AUGUCGGCCAUAUCCAGUUUCAUUUCGGGGCCCACCACUGUGGCCCCAACCCAACCCGCCACCUCCGUCUCACCUACUGCAACAUGGUCCUACGACCCGCCCACCAAUUCGUCAAGUGGACAGUUCCCAUCUGCGAGCUGGAACGGCACUAUCCCUAGCAACCACACCGUCUGCGACACAUCCUCCAACAACGUCACCGUCAUAUGCUGCGACUUGAACAAUGGCACGAUGCAGACGCACGACGGUUUCGUCAUGUGUCUCUCCCCACUCACUCCUGGCCAGUGGGCCGCGUGCAUGGUUGCUCAUUUGGACAAUCCUGCCAUGGGCUAUGAUUGCCAUAGUCCCAAAAAUGACGCGGUGCGCCGCAUUGGCAAAGUAGCUUUUCUCGGCCUCAUCGCCAGUACGGCGAUCUCGCUUCUGGCUGCCCUAUGA